AUGCAUUCUAUAAACUCCUCACAUCGUACAUCCGGAGAUAUUCCGUCGUCGAUGUCAUUGAGAGAAACACAUAUAUAUGAUAUCAAUAGUCUGUCGGACAAGGACAAGUUCAAAUUAUUAUCAGCUAAAGCUCUUGAUUAUAUUGAUCAGCAUUGUGCCGUAUCAAUUCGUCUCGAUGGUACUUAUAUACCAGUCGAAUUAAGGCAAUUGCUUGAUCAUAAACGUCCACUUCAUUUAAUUGUUACAACACAAGAUGCAUUUUCAUUUGAAACAUUUAAACGAUGUGUGACAACAUUUUUAUCAAGAGAACGAGAAUGUGAUGGAAGUAUAACUGGACAAGGAAAUUGGAAUAUUAUCGAGCAAGGAUAUCAAACAACAAUUAUAACUGGAUAUGUAUUUGAUGGUAUUAAAGGAUAUAAUGUAUCGAAUUUUGUCUUUGAAAAUUUGACUUAUUUUAUUCGGUGUCUUCGUCAACAAUAUCGAUGUAUGGUAACACUUUCAUGUGAAUCACCCGUUGUUAAAUUAUCAUCGAAAUUAACAGUGGCUAUAACACAUGAAUCACCAAUUAUUCGUCAUCUUGCAGCAACUUAUAUGCAAAAAUCUAUGAUGUCUGCCGUAACACAAUGUGAAAUGUAUCAUGUUAAUCUUAUUUUACACCAAAAUAUAUCACCAUCGAUUGGUACACCACCUCGUUUAAUUCAACCACCAACAUUAAAUGAUACACGUCUUGUUAUGCCAACAUUAACACAAAAUAAAUGGGAUUCAAUUUCUCUAUCCGAUGGUAUUUCAUCUACACCGAUUUGUAACGAUCCAUUAAAUUUAAAUGAUAUACUUCAAUCUGUUGCACCAAAUACAUUUGGAACAAGUUCAAUUCAAUCAACACCAUCAGUUAGUCAUCCAGCGAUGACUCGACAAUAUCCAUCAUCUUCAAUAACACAUAAUCUUACAAAUACAUUUGAACAAAUAAGACUGGAUGAAUCUCGUUUAAAUCAACAUUAUUUAGCAACAAAUUUAUCAAAUAAUAUUGAAACAGUUAGUCCGACAGCUACAAGUGGUAUAGAUGAUUAUCAACAUGAAAUUCGUCAACGCCGUGCACCUGUUGAUCAUGCUUCACAAUUAGGAGCAAUUUCUGAUGUUACAGAUGAAGAAGAAGAAAGUACGGCUUGGCGUGUUGAUCAACGUCCAUUUUAUACACAAAUCCGUACACUUCAACAUCGUUUUUAUUCUUAUGGUAUUCGUGUUGGUGAAGAAUAUUCUCGAAUAACAUCUAUACUUAAUAUUCCACCAUUAAUUUCCAUAACUGAAACUGCCCGUGAACGAAAAAUUGGUACUAAAAAACAAUGGUAUUUUUCACUUUUACUUGAUGGUCAUCUUAUGUUAGCUUAUGUAUGGGAUUCAAAAAAGAAUGACGCAAAACGACGUGCAUAUGAUACAAUGGUACAUCUUCUUAAUACAACACAUGAAUUUUUGAUAAAACCGGUGAAAAAUAAUAAAUGGAAAGUAGUCAAAGCAACUCGACAACGAUAA